AUGGAUGAUUACUAUGAAGAAGAAUUGGCUAUUCCGGCAUUUGAAAGGAAAAUUAAACGCAGCAUCACGAGAAAGGUGCAUGAUGCUUUCGUAACGCAAUCCCAUGCGACAUUGUCCAUCAUGGAGGCGAAUUGGCUGGAUAACUGCUGUCGAAUGUUUCCUCCGGGGCCAAAAAAUAUGGCUAAGGACACUGAAGUCAUCCGAACUACUAUAGCAAAGAAGGCUUCUGAAGCUGCAAACUCUGGUCAGACUCUUUUCUUGACUCCACGUGAAGUCGAAGCCUGGAAAUACACAUCUUUUCGUGAUACGUCGUACCUAAAAUCAUACUCGAACGUACCCGUGGACGACAUACUCACGUGGUUCUUUAUCUUUGAGAGAAGAUAUAUGGACGGCACCCAUUGCUUGGAUUAUCAGCGGGAUCCAUUUAAGGAUUAUAGCGAGAAUGUAGGCAUAAAUUUGGCAGAAGAACUUUCGAUUUCUUCAAAACCCUGCUUUGUUGUUCCAGGAGGAAGAGAAGAGCUUGCGAAAGAGCGGUAUCUAUGUUCAGUUUCAAUUAUUGAAAGGCUCAAUGAUGCGAAGCUUUGGCAAGUCGAUGUCACUUUGAGCAGCAGGGAAGCACGUGUUCUUACUGCUCAAGGUUUAUCAUUGCCGAUUUCCAAAGAGCGCGAGGCGAGAAUGCCGAGAAACGCAUCUAAAAAAGAAUGCAUGGUUGUGGCUGUAUUUGAGCCUGAAAAUUCCCUCUAUCAAUACCAAUUCCAGCGACUGUGCUUAGCCGUAAAGAAUAACGCCAAUGUUACAUUUACUAGCGACGAGGCUGCAACACUCCUCGUAAUUUCGAGAGACACCCCGGUCCCAAAAUCAUACCCUUCGAUCGGAUAUAUUGCAAAAGCUUUCGAGUAUCAUGGAGGAAACAACGAAAUAGUUCCACCAGAAUGGGUAAAACGGGCUAUUGAAGCACAAGUAAAGGCAGGACAGGAAGAGCCGAAGAGAUUUGAGAACGGGUAUCCUCUAGUGACAAAGACCCCGGAACAGAGGAAACAAUGGCGCCAGGAGGAGAAAGACAGAUUGAUAUCGUUAGGUCAUACUGAGUUGGCUUUAGUUAGAAAGGAUCCGAAGGAGAAGGUGUUAAAAAGUAAAGUUACCAUCAAGGACAUCAGAGCUGCCAUUGAAACAAACGCUGAAGACUCUUCCGAAGAACAUGAAAAGUCAGAAGAAGAAGCUGAAGAUAGAGCCAAGGACGACUUGAUAAUCUCAUUGGGCAAGAGAAUCGCCGCUAAGGAACGAAAUAUAGCUGAAAAGGAAACCGAGAUGAAGCAUCUAUAUGUUGUCCAUGACAAUCGAGAACAAGCACUCAGAACUGAGAACAGCAAGCUAGAAUCUGCAUUAGUGACGACGAAAGAGAAACUCGAUAAAGCAGUGAAAGAACCAGACAAGGUCCGAAGUGAGUGGUCUGCCAAGAUACAGCGUCUACACGAAAAGAUAUCUAAGCUAGAGCGGGAAUUAAAGGCCGAACAAGAUGCGCACAACAUUACCAAACUCGAUAGUGCGGAAACAACCAACAAACUUCACCGAUACAAAGCAGCACAUGAACGCUUUGUUACAAAAGCUGCUGAGCUCAAGAAAGAACGAGAUGAAGCACGACAAGAACGAGAUAUACUACGUGCUUCUCGCGUCAGCCAGGCUCAAAUCGACGAUACCAAAGCUAGUGAGAUUGCUCGCGCCGUUGAGGAAUCUACCAAGCCUCUGAAGGCUACGAUUGGCACUCUGGAAACAACAAUCGCUAAGCUCAAAGACGACGCGAGGAUGAGAAAGAGCCAAGAAGGUGUGGCCACACUUCAAGAGGUCAAGGAGUUUGAUCUUCUCAAAGCAAAAUACAGGGGAUUGAACGAAGCUAUGACCAGGGAACGCAACGAUCGAGCACAGGACGCAGUAUCUCGGAAAAGCACCGAGAGUGAUCUUCAACGACAAUUGCAGGAACAGCAACUUGUGUCUGCUAAUCUGCGGUCUCAGGUCAUACAACAGUCGAAUGGGGAUAAGGGUCUACUUGAUCAACUUGCUCUACUGCAAGCGAGGAAUACGCGGUUAGAGGAGGAGAAUUCGCAGUUCAGAACUGUGCAGAGUAUGAUGCAAGGGAUUGGUAGAUCCUAG